AGAUAAAGUGCAGGUUUCCCAGGCUAUUAGGAACAACAUCUAGUUCCUUCUCUUCAGCACGCUCCUACUGGACAUAUUAGCCCAAGAGAAGAGCAUCUCCUUCUUCAGUGUAGAACCAAGACAAAGCAUAGCCGCAUUUUUCCAAACCGCAGACUCCUUGAUAAGCAGACAUGUCCCUGGUGCUUAUUGUGUCACUUGUGCUGGUCGCUUGUCAUCCAGGAAAAGCGUCCGUCCUCCGCCGUUCGGCAGAAGAACCAGCGGAUGCUCAAGCUUCUCCAGUUAACAGGACAAAUAGAUGCCUGGGAGAUCCACUGCAGAGCGUACGCAAGGUCAUACUGGACUCUCUGAAUCUACGGAACGAGCCUCACGUGUCCGUUCCUGGAAUAGAUCAGAUCCGAGAGCAGUGGAGAACCGUGUUCAAAGGCGCCAGCAACUCAAGCCCCGUCGAGCAACACGCAGCAGACAACACGCCACCACCAUCAUCAUCAUCUUCAUCAUCCAGUUGUGGGAAUUCAACACACCUCCAAUGUUGCAAGUUUGCCUCGCAGGUUUUCAUAAAAGAUCUGGGCUGGGAUAAGUGGAUUAUUUACCCAGAGAGCUUCACCCUCGUCCAGUGCAGUGUGUGCGUCCCACAGAAGAAUCAGCGCUUGUUUGAUUGCACUGAUGAUGACCCCUCGACCCCGGAUCCUCCCUCACAGAAGCCGUGCUGCGAGGCGACCUCCAUCGACACCGUGCCCUUCCUGUACCUGGAUGAAACCAGCAACCUUGUUAUCAGCAUCGUCCCCCUGACCCGUGAGUGCAGCUGCAGCCAUGGUGAUGACGCCCAAGCCCUUCAGCCGUGAUAAACGACACGUCGAGUACAAACACCUCCCCCUACCUCUUUACGUCACACAGGUCUGUCACCGUUACGCACCGAUCGGGACAGCUUCCCGAUCAAAGCAACCCCUUUCGCAUCUUUACUCACAUUUUGAUGCCACCGAAAGCUCUACCAUAAUGGACACUUAAUAUGAAAAUGUUGUAAAAUAAAUAUGAAAUAAAUAUUGUCGAUUUUUUUGUUGUUGUUGCGGAAUAGAAACAAAUGUUAUGAUGUUAAGUAGAUAUUCGUGGUGGUCUUUCACUGAGCGUUCCUGCACAAGGAGACUUUCAAGGUUAAACUGAAAUAAUAACUCUUACUGAAAGUUUUAUUUACAUGAGUAUUUUAUAGCUUCAUAGCUGGAGUCUGGAAAGGGAUUAGAUAGCAGUGACUGGGUGUUCCUUACAAAAAUGUGGGCACUGCAGCAAGCCUAACCAUGCCAGACAUUUCCCAGUCCAGGCCUCUUGGACUAUUUAAACACUAUAAACACGUUAACAUAGCGGAGCUGGCUUUCAACAGUAUAAAAAAAUUAACAAACACACACACACACACACACACACACACACACACACACACACACACAAAAAC